CGUCUGUGCACCUGCCCUCUCGGCCUUGUGCUCCCAUUUACUCUCCAGACCGGACCCCCGCCCCAUCCCUCUCUCUCUCUUUGUCAUCUGUACACCUGUCACCUCAACUCUGUUGCUCCACUCCACCACCCCGUCUUCCAAGAUCUUAUCUAGAUCCAGCCCAGGCCGUCACCCGCCUUUUCCUCCCCCGGAUUCCUCCCCCAGCCCUGACUGUCUGACCUACAACUGCCCCACUCAGCCCUAGCCCCAUGUUCCCCCACCAAACUCCUUUGUUGGCUCUGCAGCUGUCCCCUUGGCCCUACUCAUCUUCGUCCCCCAAUUAUACCAAACCCCAGCCCAGACGCCCCUCCCCUGACCAGUGAGCCACCCCCUCGCCAGCUGUGCUCUGGCAUUCCUCCGGGUCAGCGCCCAGCCCACUGCUCGCUCAGCCUAGCCAUGUCCCUUCCUCUUUCAGCCCAGCCCUCACACCCUCUCACCCUUUCCCAGAUGGCCCAAUUUUCUCCCCCACAGGUGCCCUGGAGAAGCCAUGGAGUUGAGCAGCAAGAAGAAGCUACAUGCCCUCUCCCUGGCUGAGAAGAUCCAGGUGCUGGAACUCCUGGAUGAGUCCAAGAUGUCCCAGUCGGAGGUGGCCCGGCGCUUCCAGGUCUCCCAGCCCCAGAUCUCACGCAUCUGCAAGAAUAAGGAGAAGCUGCUGGCAGACUGGUGCAGCGGCACCGCCAACAGGGAGCGCAAGCGCAAGCGGGAGUCCAAGUACAGCAGCAUCGACGAGGCUCUGCUCUGCUGGUACCACAUCGCCCGGGCCAAGGCCUGGGACGUGACGGGGCCCAUGCUGCUCCACAAAGCCAAGGAGCUGGCCGACAUCAUGGGCCAGGAUUUCGUGCCCAGCAUCGGCUGGCUGGUCCGCUGGAAACGCCGAAACAAUGUGGGCUUUGGGGCCCGCCAUGUGCUCACACCUCCGUUUCCCCCCGAGCCACCUCCUUCAGGCCUCACGUCCCAGACCCAGCUGCCUCUUUCCCUUAAAGACUUCUCCCCAGAGGAUGUUUUUGGCUAUGCUGAAGUGCCCUUGCUGUAUCGGGCAGUGCCCGGCACAGUGGGCACAGGUGACCAAGUACAGGUGCUGCUGUGUGCCAACACCAGGGGCACAGAGAAGCGACGGGUACUGGUCAGUGGGCUCCCAGCUGCACCAAGGUGCUUCUUUGGGGUCAGCAGUGAGUCUCUGCCUGCCUCCUACCACCCUGACCUGGGCAUCCCCUGGUCAGAGUGGUUGGCACAGUUUGACCGGGACAUGGGGAGGCAGGGCCGACAGGUAGCCUUGCUGCUGGCUGCCCAAGUGGCGGGGAAGUUGGCAGGCCUGUCUGGGCUCUGCCAUGUGAGGCUCCUGCCUCUUUCUGCCGCUAGCACCACACGUUCCCUGCCCAACUCUGUGGUCCGGGCCUUUAAGGCCCAUUACCGGCACCGUCUGUUGGGCAAGCUGACAGCUGUCCAGAGCGAGAGGGCUGGCACAUCGCUGGCUGAGGCUGGGGCAGGCAUCACAGUGCUGGACACUCUGCACAUGGUGGCGGCUGCCUGGGCCAAGGUGCCUCCGCAGUCCAUCGUAAGCAGCUUCAUUCAGGAAGGCCUGGCUCCCUGCAAAAUGCCCCUGUCCCUGGACAAAGCCUCUGAGAUGCCACCCGUCCCCUGCGGCCUGAGCCUCGAGGAGUUCUCCCGCUUUGUGGACCUGGAGGGUGAGGAGCCCAUACCUGGAGUGUGCAAAGAGGAGGUGGACCCUAAAGAUGAGGGGGCUGCAAGACCUGUGUGACGGAGGAGGUUGCAAAGAUGAUGUCCCUGCUGGGCAGGACCUUGCAGACAAUGACAGUGGAGUGUGAUUAUAUGCAAAGCACUGUGGCCCUGUAGAGCCUGGGAGACUCCUGGAGGAGGUGAGUGCUGAGCUGUAGCUGGAAGGGCAGACAGGAAUGGGAAGGAUAUUCCAGGCCAAGGGGCGGGGGCACAGAGUCAGGCAUUCCCACCAGAGCCACGGGAAGGCCCCCGAGAGCAGGAGGGGCAAUUAGCCCACCAGGCUUAAUGGUGGGGCACCCCAAAGGGUUUCCGUUAGAAAAGGACAGGUCGUUUGUGGGGUUCUAGAAAACAGACAUGGAAGGUGGGUCAGAGAUGUGAGAGCCAGAGGCAGAGAGACUGACUGGUCCAGACGGGGAAGCCUGAGCCAGAUCUUGAGAGUGAGAUCCCUGGAAGGGAUGUGGGCUCUGAAUGCAGACAGACUCUGACUGGUGAGAAGUCCAGCUCCAGGCAAAAUCCUCCGUGUUCAGGCUGACCACGGGCAGUCACAACUGUGCGUGCAAGUUUGUGGAGGGUAUUGCAGUCAGGACCCAGGCCGCCCAGGGCAGCCCCGCUUAUACCUGCAUUCACCCAGGCUCUUCCUUAGAGGGGCCUCUGCUGAGACACUGUCUCCACUUUGGCCCAGUACCUUUCAUUCCCAGCCCUUCCCUCCCGUCCGCAUCCAUGGUGCAUAAAGAGGCAGGAGCCUUGUAUUCAGGGGGCUCCUGACAGCGAGACCAUCCUGUUCUGCCUGGCAUCUCAUUGGACCCUCGCCUGGUGCGGUCCACUGGGGGAAAGGGAACCCGGGAGGUGGCGCCUCUGCCUCUUGCUUGCACCGUCACAGGAAGUGGGUAAAGGCUGAUGGAUCCUUCCAGUGUGACUCCUCCUCACUGACCACAACACCUGGCAGCUGGACAGUGACAGCGACUCACUUUUAAACAGUUCCGAAGCCACCUACUGGCCUUCCUUCUCUGGCCUAAAUUCUCAAAUCAUUUAGCCUUUCCUCACAGAUGCUAUUUUUUUCUACCCUGUAUUCAUUUACAUUGUCCUUUUUCUGAAAUCAUCCCAGUUCUGACAUACCUUUUAAAAUGUUGACACCAAAAUUAUACAGGCUCUAAAGGCCCGACCAAAGCAGCAGAGAGGGGAUAGAUUAGCUCAGUUCUUGGGUGUCCAUUUCCUCUUACAUGAGCAGCAUCAUGUAACGGCGUUUUAUUGCUGACUUCUUCCCAGAGCUUUCUUUGAAAGCCACAAGUAGUCUCUCCCUUUCUGGCACUGAUAUCACAUAUCACACUUGCCUAUCUGUAGGCAACAUUGGUGGCUCAUUCAAGCAGUGCUUACUGAAUGCCUUGCUUGUGGGGCAGGCCCUGUUCUAGGACCAUAAGCUCUUGCUGAACAAGACAGAGGACUCCUUACUUUCCGGUAGAGGGAGAUAAAGAUGCAGGCAAACAAAUAAACGCAGUGAUUUUAAAUGGGGUUGUGUGCCAGGGAAAAUAAAGAAUGAUGCCACAGCCCUAACCGG